GAUUUUCCUCGUAAUAUCAGAAACCAAAAACACGGUUCAGUAGGAAGAUUCUCGGACACGUGUACGGUUCGGACACGGUCACACGUUUCGACUUUCUUCGUAACCGAAUCAAUGCUUGUCCCUUUUCUUUACAAGGAAACUAGAGAAACAGCACCAAAACCUUCUCUUUUUUUUUUUUUUUUUGUUUACACGUUGUAUAUAUUCUUCUUACUCGUCUUCUUAUUAAAGACCAAAAUUUUUCUCGACGAGAGAUCGAUUUGUGCCCCCAUUUACAAAUCUGCACGACCAGUAUGGUGAAGGAGAAUGAGUAUUAUGAGAUCUUAGGCGUCAAAACUGAUGCUUCAGAGGCUGAGAUUAAAAAGGCUUACUACUUAAAAGCAAGGAAAGUUCAUCCAGACAAGAACCCUGGAGAUCCUCAAGCUGCUAAAAACUUUCAGGUAUUAGGCGAGGCUUAUCAGGUUUUGAGCAAUCCGGAGAAGCGAGCAGCUUAUGACAAAUAUGGCAAAGAAGGUGUUCAACAGGAUGCAAUGGUUGAUCCUGCAGCUGUAUUUGGUAUGCUAUUCGGAAGCGAAGUCUUUGAAGAAUACGUUGGGCAGCUUGCACUCGCUUAUUUGGCAUCUAUCGAAGCCGAUUUAGAAUCAUAUGAGCCUGAAAUCAGAAAGCAAAUGCUGCAAGACAAGAUCAAGGCUCUGCAGAAGGAGAGGGAAGACAAGCUUGCAGCUACGUUGAAAAACAAACUCGAACCAUUUGUGGAAGGAAGAAGCGAUGAAUUUAUCGAAUGGGCAAAUGAAGAGGCAAAGCGGCUUUCUUCUGCUGGUUUCGGUGAGGCGAUGAUGCAUACAAUUGGCUACAUUUACACAAGAAAAGCCGCUAAAGAAAUCGGGAAAGACAAACGAUUUAUGAAAGUGCCGUUCUUAGCUGAAUGGGUGCGUGACAAAGGCCACCAUAUGAAAUCUCAAGUGAUGGCUGCUUCUGGUGCGGUUUCGUUACUUCAGUUACAGGAUGAAGUGAACAAGUUAAAUGAACACCAAGGAGAGCACAAAGAGGAGCAUAUUCAGAAAGCCAUUGAAGCUAAAAUGGAUGCUUUGCUUCAAUCUCUUUGGCAAAUCAAUGUUCUCGACAUCGAAUCCACUCUGUCUCAUGUCUGCCAAUCUGUGCUUAAAGAUCCAAGUGUUUCGAAGGAUGUCCUUCGAGCACGAGCCACAGGACUGAGGAAACUUGGAACGAUCUUCCAGGUGAGCAAAAACAAAAGGGGUGCUAAGAAGCCGUACACCAGAGGAAGUAGCUUGCGUCAAGAAAAAUCCGCCGUGAAACUGGACACCGGAGGUUCUUCGAAGGCGACGUCUUGAAACUCCGAUCACCCGUCAUUGGACGCAGCAGAAAACAGACAAACCAUAAUUUAUUUUUUCUUUUUCUUUUGCUAUUGGUUGAAAGUUGGAUUUGUCCUUUGUUAUUAUGUUCCUCAGUUUUGUAGAGAUUGUUUUUGAAGGUCAAAGUUUUUGUCCUGUGUAGAUGAUUCAUCAAUAGAUCAACCGAACUUAUUAAA